AUGAGCGGCAUCCCUGGAGAAGGCUUCGACAACCGUCAGGUUCAAAUAAUUGCAGUCACAAGCACAUGCUUGGUACUUUCCACCGUAGCGGUUGUACUCCGGCUCCUAGUCCGUUGGUCCUCGGCGGCGGUGUUGUGGUGGGACGACUGGGUAGCUGUUCUUGCUUUGGUGACUUCAUGGCUCGUGAACAUCUUCACAAUAACCGGGAUCAGUUCUGGCUUGGGAAGACACAACUCUCAAGUGGAUCCGAGUAAGAUAACAUCUUUUGGCGUGAGCGUCUUCGUCCAACAAAUAACAUGGGCCCUCUCAACCGGCCUUAUCAUCCUCGCCAUCCUCCUUUUCUACAUCCGGAUCUUCCCUACUACAUGGAUGCGCAAGGCCGUCUACACCAUAGGCGUUUGGGACAUACUUUGGACCAUCUCCACAGUCCUAGUCACCAUACUCCAGUGCACUCCCAUUGACUUUAUGUGGAACCAGAACAUACACGGCGGAAAAUGCAUCAAUUCUGACGCCUUCUAUUUCGCGUGCGGGCUGACCAGCGCAGCCACCAUCGUCACCGUCCUGUUCCUACCACUACCGAUAGUUUGGAAGUUGCAAGUCUCUAAAUGGAGGAAAACAGGGUUGGCGAUUUCGUUUACUAUUGGAGCCAUCGCUUGUAUAGCAAGCAUUGUCCGGCUGGUCGUCCUUCUCGAUGUCGAUUCCAAGGAUCUCAUGUACACCAGUACCCUCGCUCAACUCUGGUCCUGCGUCGAAGUCAGCGCUGGCGUCAUCAGCGUCUGCCUCCCAUCCUUAACUACCCUCUUCCUCCUCCUUUUGGGAAAAAGGCCCAGCAACUCCACGCAUCACAUCAUCUCCACUGACAGACACCGCGAUGGAAAGAUAGAGAAUGCAGAAUGCAGUCAUACACUGCAUGCAACAUAUGAGACUCUAUGGCUGCAGAGCCUGGAAUUGAUGUGGGCAAGUUUUCUCAACUCGGAAGGGAGCGGAUGA